AAACGUCUCUCUCGUCCUUCUUUUUCUCUCUCCCCCCUCCUAAAUCCCCCACUCUAAAUUUUUUUUCUUUUCCUUUUUUUCUCCCCCCAUCAAAUCCCCCCCAAAAAAACUAAUCUUAAAUUCCAGAAAGCAUCCGAAACAAAAGAAAUUUGAGUGGUUGAACAGUGGUGAGGGAGGAGGAGAGGGGUAUUGGGUGUUUGUGAAAAAUAGGGGUAGGAGGAGGAGUAUAAAAGAGGAGAGUCGGGGGUUGGUGGAGGAGGAGGAGGAGGAGGAGAGAUGGACUCACCAUCGAGUGGAGGAGGAGGGGGGUUUGGUAGCUCACCAAAAGAAGCACCAAAGUCGUCUUCUUUAAUGGACAGCCUAUUGGGUCUCCUCCGAAUUCGCGUCAAGCGCGGUGUCAACCUCGCUGUCCGCGACGUUCGUAGCAGCGAUCCUUAUGUCGUCAUCAAGAUGGCUAAACAGAAACUGAAGACUCGUGUUAUCAAGAAGGAUGUCAAUCCUCAAUGGAAUGAAGAUUUAACUCUUUCCAUUUCAGAUCCUGAUCUCCCAAUCAAGCUGACUGUCUAUGACCAUGACACGUUCAGCAAAGACGACAAAAUGGGAGAUGCAGAGUUCCAUAUUAAAGGGUUUGUAGAGGCCAUGAGAAUGGAUUUGCAUGGCCUUCCAGCAGGCACCGUAGUGACAAGAGAGCAACCAUCGAGGCAAAACUGCCUAGCAGAAGAAAGCUGCAUAACCUGGACGGAUGGAAAGAUUUCGCAAGACUUGUGCCUCAGAUUGAGAAAUGUCGAAUGUGGUGAAGUGGAACUGUCGCUGCAUUGGAUCGACCUCCCUGGCAGCAAGGGUUUAUAGAUUAGUGUUCGUAAACGAUGCUUUCUCUGAUUUAUGUCGCCCAGUGCUGCUGGUUUUUGGGUUCAACUAGUACUACUUUGCAGUAUCAAGGGAAUCAAAUAGCGGGGUAGUGUGUGUAGUGAUGACAUGUAUGACAGAUUCACCUUGCUUUUGCAUCUCUGCAUAUUUGUACAAGUCCUGUCUGUAGGUUAGUGUUGUAUGGGCUUUAAAGAUUUUUAUGUUCUUUUGACAAUCUAUAAGUUGCAAAUGCUUUUUUAUUUUCUUCUA